CCACAAUCCUUUACAACUAGCAAAGUAGCAAAACAAACGUGGGACUAAAAAACGCUACUUGCUUGCGUUCAUCUGCAGAACACGGCACGUUUGUUUGAUUCGAUUCCUCCUAUAAGAACGCGGUCGAAGUAUUUUGCGUUUCCUGGACAUUUCGAAUCUCUCUAAGUUAGUACUCGAAGUUCUUCGAGGCCAAUUUUGAAGUAAUCGUUAACAACAUUUCCGAAGAAUCUCUUUCUCUAGUUAAUAUGAGCCUUACACAAGAUCCUCCACGCGUGUUCUUCCGCUGUGGAAACCCGUUCAAGAUUCUAUUUCCGAAGAACAACAAUGCACGCUUAUCGCCGAAGCUUCUCUCAAUAGUGAACAAUUUCGAGACAAAGAUGACGGUGUCGAUUAGAGAGCUUAUACCAAAGGAUGAGAAUGAUAUCGUUACUGUUUCUUGGAUGAGCCAAGCCAUGGAAUCUCUUUGCGGGACACACAAGGCUCUCAGGACACUCGUGACCGAUCUAGAGCUUCCUGUCUCGGACUUGGAGGAAGAUUUGAUUCACAUGUACGCCGACAUUAGCUUGAAGCUCCUAGACCUCUGCAACGCCUUCACAUCAGAGCUGGACCGUCUCAACCAUGGGAAUCUAUUACUUAAGUUCGCUUUUAGUAAGCUGGAGACAAACAACUGUCCUGAGGAAUCCUCGUUAUCGCACCUGGACAGUUGGUAUCAGCACAUGGCUUCCAAGAACCCGAGAGUUGAAAACUGCGGCGCGGUUUUGAGUAGUCUUGUUGAAUCAUUGAAUCAUCAUCAUCUCCCCAAGAAGGGGAAGAAGAAGCACUCUGCGAAAGGAGAAGUGCUCUUGCGAGCUCUGUACGGCACAAAGGUCAAGACUUUAUACAUAUUCAGCGUGUUUGCUGCUGCGUUCUCAGGCUCGUCCAAGAAUCUCUUGUAUCUAACCAUUCCAAAGGAGAUGGAGAAGCUUCCAUGGGCACAAGCUUUCAUGGAAUUGCAGUACUCGAUUAACCCGGAGAUCAAAAACACAUUCUUAUCAGACGGAUUCACGGUUAUUAGAGAUCUCGAGGCUGUUGAAUCCGGUGUGAAGAAGCUUAAGACAGCGGUCCAAGAAGGGUCGGUUCCUAAUGUAUUGGUGGAGGUGAUGAAGAGCUCAGUGAUAGAAAUUUCGGAAAGGUUUGAUCUUGUCUCAAAGGAAACACGUUGCUUGUUGAAGAUAGUGAUCUCUGCACGAGACGCGUUGUUGGGGAGCCUCUGGACCAAAUACGCAGAAGAGUUGGGAGGAGUGACAUUGCCGAUGAUUAAAAGUGGUACAAUUCCAAUCCAACAACUAGAGAUGCCUAUUAAAGAAAAAACCAAAGUGGAAUUGACUUGGAUAGAAAAAAACGAAGAAGAAGACGAAAACCCGUUUAGGUUCACGGGUCGCCCGAGAGGAGCCUUUCCCCUUAACCAUAUGUCGGCGGAGUCUUGUUUCGGUGGUUCUGGUGAUCAGAACACCAAAGGAUAUCCUACUCAUGGUGGUAGCUACGUUCAGUAUAAUGUCUAUGGAAAUCUCUUCGAGGUUUCUAGAAAGUAUGUUCCUCCUCUUCGUCCAAUCGGUAGAGGCGCUUAUGGCAUCGUCUGUGCUGCUACGAACUCCGAGACUGGAGAGGAGGUUGCUAUCAAGAAGAUCGGUAAUGCUUUUGACAACAUCAUCGACGCCAAAAGAACUUUGAGAGAGAUUAAGCUUCUCAAGCAUAUGGAUCAUGAAAAUGUUAUUGCUGUAAAGGAUAUAAUAAAACCACCGAAGCAAGAGAACUUCAACGAUGUUUACAUUGUCUAUGAGCUAAUGGACACUGAUCUCCACCAAAUUAUACGCUCAAACCAACCGUUAACUGAUGACCAUUGUCGGUUUUUCUUGUACCAGUUGUUGCGUGGGCUCAAGUACGUUCACUCGGCGAAUGUAUUACACAGAGACUUAAAACCCAGCAAUUUGCUCCUGAAUGCAAAUUGUGAUCUAAAGCUUGGGGAUUUCGGGCUUGCGAGGACCAAGUCCGAGACAGACUUCAUGACUGAGUAUGUUGUAACACGAUGGUACCGAGCUCCAGAGUUGCUUCUUAAUUGCUCAGAGUACACAGCAGCGAUCGAUAUUUGGUCGGUCGGUUGUAUACUCGGUGAAACGAUGACGAGAGAGCCGUUAUUUCCCGGUAAAGAUUAUGUUCAUCAGCUUAGACUUAUCACUGAGCUUAUAGGAUCGCCUGAUGAUUCAAGCUUGGGAUUCUUAAGGAGUGACAAUGCAAGAAGAUACGUUAGACAGCUUCCGCAGUACCCGAGACAGAACUUUGCUGCUAGGUUCCCAAACAUGUCAGCUGGCGCAGUCGAUUUGUUGGAGAAGAUGCUCGUCUUUGAUCCAAGCAGGCGCAUCACUGUGGAUGAGGCGUUGUGCCACCCAUAUUUGGCGCCGCUGCACGAUAUAAACGAAGAACCGGUGUGUGUGAGGCCGUUCAAUUUCGAUUUUGAGCAACCUUCUUUGACAGAAGAGAACAUUAAGGAGCUUAUUUAUCGUGAAACAGUCAAGUUCAACCCUCAAGAGUGAUGAGAGAAAGAUCCCCAAAAAGAAAAAGAAACUCAUCAAAAUGCGUGUUUUCUUUUGCUCUGUUUUCUUGUUAUCGAAUCUCUGAUAAGUUUGUUUAUGUCUGUAAUAUGAAUAACAUCCUGAGAAAUUGAAAAGAAAAGAACAACCCUUUGAGCUGUGUUUUGCAGAAAGUUUUGUGCUUUCAACCAUAAAUAUGUUGCUUGAGAUUGGAGAUUGGUGAGGAACAAGAACUUACAUACAUCUAUUUGAUUGAUCUGUGUGCCAGUCUAUUUGAUUAAUAAGAA